CGUGCGCGGUGCCGCCGCGGGCCCGGCGGGCAGGGAGCGGAGCGGCCAUGGCGGCGGCGCCGGGGCAGCAGCUGUGCCCGCACUGCCGCAGGCCCUUCAAGCGGCUCCGCUCACACCUCCCGCACUGCAAGGCCGCGCCGGGCUCCGCUCCCGCCAGCGCCUCGGGCCCAAGCUCAGGCCUAGGCCCCGGGCCGGCCGCCGGACCCCCGGAACCCGGGAGGUCGGCCCGGGCAGGCAGCAGGGGAGGGGCCGGUAAGAGCAGCAAGCAGCCCCGCAGCCCCGGUGUGCGGCAGGGGCUGCCCGGCGCGACCCCCCGGGAGGGCCCGGCCCCGCAGGGUGGGGUGUUCACAGAGCAGAACGUGGAGCCCUCGGUACAGGAUGUGGCCAGGUCCCUCGAUUUACGCCCCGAAGAGGUCAGAGAUGUACCCAAAAAGCUGAGUGACGGAGUGAAAAUAGUGAUAGAGAAACACCGCGCCAGGGUGGUCAGGGAGAAGAGCGGUUCCAGGAGCAGGGGCGCCGCGGCCGGGAGCCCCAGCACAGCCCCGGGGCCGGUGGGAGGGCCGGAUCCCGGCAGCGCUGCCGCCCACGCUGACACAGCCCAGCCCGACCCACGGGAGGGAAUCACCGUGCCAGAGGCCGCAAACACGGAGACACGUGGCCGUGGAGCUGCUGAGAGCACGUCUGCGAGUUCAAAGGGAGGAAGAGGCAGUAGGUUAAAGGCAACAAAAAUACCUGUACUUCAGGGUCCCCCUGAUGCUGAGUGCAGAAAUAGCCCCAGUGACCUUGUUCAGCAGGAGGGAAUAGACAAAACUGUGACGGAGGAGAAGCAGAUGUACCGAGAGGUUGGUGUGGGAUAUAAAACCCCUCUGUGCGCCUUGCAGACCAAGAGCCUCCAUCCGUCAGUGACAGAGGGUUUCGGAGGUCACAAUGAAGGGACAUCCAAAAAUUACCUAACGAGCACGCAGGCGCUUCGAGAGAGCGAGGAGCAGAUGGCUGGAGUUUCCGAGCCCAUCCUGAACGCGAGGAGGGAUACGGAGCUGGCGCUGCACCAGUUCCUGCUCCACACCUCCAAAAGCCAACCCAUCUGUCUGUCCCCAGCCCCUGCCCGGGGCUUGGAGUGGUUUCCAGACUUAUAUCCUACUUAUCAUGGGCUGAGUAUUUUUCCAGGGAAUCAUUCCCAAGAAAACCUGGGGAGCACAGUGAAGAUGAAGGGCAGUUUCUCAGAGGAACAGCAAGGUCCCCUCGCGGAGCGGCGGCUGCUGGACGUGCGGCUGGGCGAGCUGCCCGCCUGGCUGGCCACCCGCCAGCUUUCUGCACAGGGGCUGCUCGGAGGAGCGCAGGAAGCCUGGAGCAGCUAUUACAACAAAUACAUCAACGUGAAGAGGGGCGGCCCAGCUGGGAUCUCCAUGCUGCUGGCAGGAUACUGCCUUCUCAGCUACAGCUGGAGCUACCAGCGCCUCAAACGUCAUCGCUGGCGUAAAUACCACUGAAGAAGCUGGAACUGCACCCAAGGAACAGUCACACAUCUCAGACUGGGAGGCAGCAGGAGUGCUCAGGACCAGAGUCCCAGCAGAGUUCCAACCAGCAGCGGUUCAUUUACUGUUGGAGCCGGGUUAAUUGUGGACGGGGCUGCUGUGCGGUGACCCUCCUGCAGACAGAGGGUGACACUGAAAGUAAACAGCUGCGGUCACUGCUCUGUGCUUCGGGCAGUCUUUAGUACCCAAAGAAGGAAGUCUUGGAGCCACCUCUCGGAGGUCUGUACACUGUAGAGCUCCUGUGCUCUGCAGAGGCCCAAAUCUCUCGCUUUGGGACACCAGACACAGCACAACUUCUUGACUUGGGUAGAUCAAUCGAUGUGUACGUUGUAGUUGGUGUUUGACAGUGAGGUUUCUGAUGGAUUGUGCCAGGGUGGAAUUCAGCCAGAAUAAUCAUUCCCUUAAAGUGAAUAAAAUUGUGUCCAGCACAGCCCAUUUUUUUACUUACCCCAGCAGCAUGGGGGGGUUGCAGGAGAAGGGGGGUCCCCACAGUCCCCCCGCUUGGCUCCCAGCACAGCGCUGCCCGGGCUCCAAGGGAAGGGCCUCUGCGCAGGCAAUAAAGCAGCAACGCGCCGACCGCAGAGCCCUAUUUCUAGGGGAAGAAAAAUCCAUUGGAUUAGCUGUUGUGCCCAAAGGGCAAAGCCGCGUCUGCAUCAGACAAACGAGGACAGUUACGAGCGUGCUAGUUGUAGCCUGCCAGCACCAAACAUGUCUGGGAGAGGGUUGGUCAUGUUACAGGCAUGAAGGGUAAAAGAAAAGCCAAGAAAUAAACAAAACACACCACGUAUUUAAAGAGCAGCGCAGUGGUGCUGUGUCAGAGGUGUUUUGCCAAAAAAUCCCUCACCAGCAAUAAAAGCUUUUGUGAAUUUU